AUGAAUUCAUUGCCGGAGGAUCUGAGGGCAACUAUACUUGCGAGAUUACCGCUUAAGAGCAUGAAAAGUUCCAAGUUGGUUUGCAAGGAAUGGAAAGCAAUGGUGGAAUCUCCGUUUCUCCGCGAGCUUUUCCUUUCUCACCAUCAGAACUCGCAUUCUUCGUGGUCGCUCAUGUGCAGGGAAAGUGGGGUCUCUAAGAGGGUUAGUGUCGUGACUUACACCGAUGUCGGAUUGAUUCUGAUCAAAUUGGAACCUUUAGAAGGCCGAGAUCUAACCUCCUACUAUGUGGCUAAUCCGAUUUCACGAGAAUGUAUUGAAAUCCCUCCUCAGCCUAGGGUUGUGCAAUCUUUUAGCCCUUCUGGACUCGCUACCCGGAUUGAAAACGGCGUCGUUUUAGGCUCGUGGAGUUUCGAAACUAUCCAUUCCCCUCUUCCUCUGCGCCGUCUUGUUCACUUGGAUCCCGUUUGCUUGAACGGAAAGCUUUACUACAGCUUAUUAAACAAGGACUUUACAGAAGUAGAUGUUGUUGUCUCACAUGAUUUCUACGCCGAAGCUGAUCAAGUCCGAGUUUUACUUUUCCCCGACUCAGAAAUUAAAGAACCCCUUUUCAGAAGAGCUUGCACAGCCUCUCAAGGGUUUGUUAUUUAUAUGAAUGCAGACAGGAAUGAUGAUGAUGCAAGUUUGGAGCUUCACUUACGUGUGUGGAGGCUUAAAACCUGGGAGUGGCAAUUACUUAAUGAGAUAUCUCUGGAUUGUACUAAUUCCCCGUUUGAUUACUUUCCUCUGGCAACAAACCCUUUUGAUGCUAAUACAGUGUACCUCCAGAGUUAUUUGAAUUAUUCCUGUUUGGCAUUUACUACUAACUUGCACAAAGGAGGCAAGUCUGGGCUUCACAACUACUUGGAACGUGGUAGCGACGGUCGCUUUCUGAGUUUUGCUGGAGAGUGGGACACACGGUCAUACCAGGUCUUCAUAGUUACUAUACCCCCUUUGUUCUCCCGCGCUGGCUGCAUCGGAUCCCUCCUUCCCCACCGUCUUGACCAAGUCCACACUUUGCCUAGUUAUUGUUAG